GCGGUUCGGGGAGCGUGCCCGGGUGUCCCGGGGGAACACGGGGUGAAGGGCCGCCCGGGUUAUCGAGUUGGAAGAAGACUGAGAUUUCAAGCUUUGAGUGACAGGCACCUUACAAGAUUACCAUAGCUAAGCUGAGAAGGCAGUUGCAGCUCUGAGUACCAGGUUCACCAAGCUGGUGUAUGUACUGCACGUACAUGAAAGCGCACAUGUUUUUGUCAUCGCAUAGACUGACUUUCACGUAUUCCUGAGGGCUUUGCAAUUGAUGAAAAUUAAUUUAAGUACCAGAUGGAGCACCUUUACAGCACAGGAAUUGGUAACCCAUGGAAAAACACCUGCCAGUAAUAUUCAACUUACUACAUGGUCUUCACAAGUGAAAAAAGUUUGCAAAAAAAGGAAGAAAAAACACUCUCCACACAGAAAAAGUCUAAGAAAUACCUCCACAAUCUAAAUCAAUAAUUGUGAGGGAAACGUAAGAAUACUGAGGGCGAAGGAAAGUGAUUUUAUAAUUGCAGGGGCAUAAUGUAUCGUCUUUGGCAUGGUAUGCUUUGGGCUCAGUAGUUUCUGAAUGGACUAAUAAAUCGUGACUAUAUGUUGAGCGAUGAUGACUGAAAGUAAGUAAGUUGAGGAACUAUGGGACAAGUCUGGGCAUUGAACUGAAGAAUCCUCAUCAUCCUUCUUGAGUUAACCAGGUCAUCGUCUUACGUAUUCUUUCUUCCUCUCCUUUUUCCUCUUUUCACUUAGUGUGAUAUACAUACUAAUGAAUUGAGCUCAUAAAUGUUACUCAAAUAAAACGAUUGGAAUACUUCAUAUGUUUCCUUCUUGUACAGCUGCAAAUGUUGUGUCUGGAACUAUGAAUCUGUGCUGUAGACAAGCAUCAAGAAGGAAAGAUCCGAUAAAACAAGCAAGGAAAAUACCUAGAGAAAUAGUGAAACCAGGAAGUCAGAUUUUUAAUGCUGCUUCUCUUUCAUUUUUAGAUGAAUAUGUUUCUUCCUUCCUUGAAUUCUAGAAGAUUUUGAAAGAUUGCUUACUUGAUGUGCUUUAAUUCUGGCAUUUGUUUUUGGUAGGAUGAAAAGUCUGUGAUUCCUUGUAGCAGAAAAAAAGGGAAAAGUAAAGGAAAAACAGCUUGACAUUUAAGCCUGUUUUGGAAGAGAGAGAACUUCAUGGUUCACCUGAGGCAAACUUAUCUGCUUUAAAAGCUAAGAGCUUUGGAGCAUUUUUGAUUCCGCUGUAAAUGAAGAGGGGGUUUCUUUGUCAUUCGUGUGUGGCAGCAAAAAGUGGGAAAGCAGGCAAGAUAGCGUGAUAACGGUUCAGGCUCUGUUGGGUCUCUGGUGGAAAAAAAGUGCUGCAAUGAAAAUUGGAUUGGCUUUGGAUUGCAAAAACGUUUGAAUCCAACGAGCGGUUCAGUACCAAGAGGGAUUUCCCAUCUGGCCUGGCACACCAGUGCCUGCACAAGUUUGGGUCUGUUGUUUCGCACGGUUUGUGUGCCUUUUUUUCCCUUUAUGCAAUCUCUUUCAGCUUUAGCAGCAGAAAUACGUCAGAUGGAAAAGAUAUGCCAGAGGGCAGCUUGGAAAAGAUGAAUGUCAUAUAUAUACAUAUGUAUGUGCGUGUGUUUAAAUUUCUGCAACUGAACUUCUGAAGAAAAUCUGACUGGAGGAAAUCUUAAAAGCCUUAAGUUACUUGAAACCUACACAUUUGCAACUCUUUGUCUCUGGAAUUGCAUUACGCUAAACUGGAAUCUCAGGCUGUAUAAAGAUUAUAUCAAGUUGAGCAAAAAGAUGACUUAACCAUUUCUUGAGCGCCUCUUACGAAGUAGCUGUCUCUCCAAAGGAUAAGUGCACCCUCACUCUACAGACUCAACAACAAAAAAUGAACCUGAAUUUUUUUUUUAAGUGUUACUUUUUCUUAGCCAACUGCCAUCAUCUUUUAUAGAGGAAUUUUUCACUAUGCAUUUGGUGGAUAUUUAUAAACACUGACCCCAUCCUCCUCCCUUUCAAUGAUCUAUCCCAGGUCAGUCUUAUCAAUAAAAAACAAAAAAAUUGGUUUAAAUUUUGUGCGCUAGACACAUUACUUUCCUAUGUCAAAAAAUAAAAUAUUUAAAAAGCAUGUAUGCAGCAGUGGAACAUGGGCCUGUUCUUUGCAGCGACUCCAACAUCCUCUGCCUCUCCUGGAAAGGGAGAGUCCCCAAAAGUGAGAAGGAGAAACCCGUGUGCAGGCGGCGGUACUAUGAGGAAGGCUGGUUGGCAACAGGCAAUGGCAGAGGAGUUGUAGGCGUCACUUUUACUUCCAGCCAUUGCAGGAGGGACCGGAACACCCCUCAGAGAAUCAACUUCAAUUUGAGGGGCCACAACAGCGAGGUUGUGCUGGUUAGAUGGAAUGAACCAUUUCAGAAAUUAGCAACUUGUGAUGCAGAUGGAGGAAUAUUUGUUUGGAUACAAUAUGAGGGCAGAUGGUCUGUGGAGCUUGUAAAUGAUCGUGGGGCACAGGUAAGCGACUUUACAUGGAGCCAUGAUGGGACUCAAGCACUCAUCUCCUAUAGAGAUGGAUUUGUGCUGGUUGGUUCAGUCAGCGGACAAAGACACUGGUCUUCAGAAAUAAACUUGGAGAGUCAGAUCACAUGUGGCAUAUGGACUCCUGAUGACCAACAGGUUCUGUUUGGCACUGCUGAUGGUCAGGUUAUUGUCAUGGACUGCCAUGGGCGAAUGCUGGCCCAUGUGCUCCUUCAUGAGUCAGAUGGCAUCCUCAGCAUGUCCUGGAACUACCCCAGCUUCCUGGUGGAAGACAGCAGUGAGAGCGACACAGAUUCGGAUGACUAUUCCCCACCACAGGAUGGACCAGCUACAUAUCCAGUCCCAGUGCAGAACACCAAGCCGCUACUGACCGUCAGCUUCACAUCGGGAGACAUCAGUUUAAUGAACAAUUAUGAUGACUUGUCUCCUACUAUCAUCCGCUCAGGGUUGAAAGAUGUGGUGGUACAGUGGUGCACACAAGGAGACCUACUUGCAGUAGCAGGGAUGGAGAAGCAGUGUCAACUCGUUGAACUUGGCAAUGGUUCUCUGUUGAAAAGUGCGCUUGUCAAGUUCUACAACGUGCGCGGGGAACAUAUCUACACUCUGGAGACACCUGUGCAGCGUCCCAUCAUCUCCAUCUGCUGGGGUCACAGGGAUUCACGCCUGAUGAUGGCUUCUGGGCCUGCACUAUAUGUUGUCAGAGUAGAGCACAGGGUCUCCAGCCUGCAGCUUCUGUGCCAGCAGACCAUUGCUAGCUGUCUGCGAGAUGACAAGGAUAUCAGCAAACUCACCCUUCCCCCUCGGCUCUGUUCAUACCUCACCACUGCCUUCAUACCAACAAUCAAGCCUCCUAUCCCAGACCCAAACAAUAUGAGAGAUUUUGUCAGCUAUCCAACAGCUGGCAAUGAACGUCUUCAUUGCACGAUGAAGAGGACAGAAGAUGACCCAGAAGUUGGUGGCCCGUGUUAUACUCUGUACUUGGAAUAUCUUGGGGGAUUGGUGCCCAUCCUAAAAGGACGUCGUAUCAGCAAGUUGAGGCCAGAGUUUGUCAUUAUGGAUCCUAAAACAGAUGGAAAAGCAGAUGAAAUCUAUGGAAACAGCUUGAUUUCCACUGUGAUUGACAGCUGCAACUGCUCUGACUCCAGCGAUAUCGAACUGAGUGAUGACUGGGCAGCAAAGAAAUCUCCCAAAAUCAGCCGAGCUAGCAAAUCACCCAAACUUCCCAGAAUCAAUAUAGAGGCUCGCAAAUCUCCAAAGAUGUCACGAGCUGCACAGGAGAUAUCAAGAUCACCAAGGUUACCAAUAAGGAAACCUUCUAUUGGUUCACCAAGCCUAACCCGAAGAGAGUUUCCUUUAGAAGAUAUUACUCAGCACAACUACCUUGCUCAGGUCACAUCUAACAUCUGGGGAACCAAAUUUAAAAUUGUGGGUUUGGCUGCUUUCCUACCAACUAAUCUUGGUGCAGUAAUAUAUAAAACCAGUUUGCUGCAUCUUCAGCCCAGGCAGAUGACAAUCUAUCUCCCAGAAGUGCGAAAGAUUUCAAUGGACUACAUUAACCUGCCUGUCUUUAAUCCAAAUGUUUUCAGUGAAGAUGAAGAUGAUUUACCAGUGCCUGGAGCUCCAGGUGCCCCUGCCAGCAGCCCACCCUGCACCGUCAACAUCCCCAUUGCCCCCAUCCACAGCUCAGCCCAGGCCAUGUCGCCCACGCAGAGCAUCGGCCUGGUCCAGUCGCUGCUGGCCAACCAGAAUGUGCAGCUGGAUGUUCUGGCUAACCCUCCGGCCGAGACAGGGGGUGAGGGGCCAGGACCCUUCCCAGGAGCACCAGGCCGAUUCCCUGGCCCUGGAGCAGUGGCACCAACCGGUGGAGAUGUGGCCCGCGCUGCCCCUGUUCCUCCCACUAUUGCCCCACCACCCCCCGCCAUCGCCCUUGCCGACCUCCGGGACCAUGGUGACCGUGAACACGAGCCCCCGCUCAAGGCCAAGCCCCCGCGUCCAGGACCGGGACCACAGCUAGUGGAGAGCGAUGCUGUCAUCUUUGGGGCCGCUCAGGAGCUGCAGCUGAACAAGAUGAACCCCCCACCACCCUACCCUGGCACCGUUCCCACGGUGGGCCCCCCGCCACCCCCACCUGUCCCCCCACCUCCGCCCCUCGACCUCUGCCUGAAAAAGGGGGAGUUCUCCCUUUACCCUGCGGGGCACUACCAGCCGCCUCUAGGGUACGAGCGAAUAACAACAUUCGACAGCAGCGGGAAUGUGGAGGAAGUGUGCCGACCUCGUACCCGCAUGCUCUGUGGCCAGGGCACCUACACCCUGCCAGGGCCCGGCAGCUCUGCCACUUUGCGCAUCACCGCUGCCGAGAAGAAGAUGCAGCAACCCUGCACCAGUGCCACCCUGAACCGGCUGACAGUUCCCCGUUACUCCAUCCCCACUGGGGACCCACCGCCCUACCCCGACAUUGCCAGCCAGCUGUCACAGGGCAGGAGCAUUGCACAGAGGCUGGACAGCAGUAUCAUCCAUGCUACUUUGCGGAGGAACAGUAGGGAGGCAGCGCUGAAAAUGGCCCAGCUGGUGGACAGUCAGAGAGCCACCUUGCAGCUUCCCCCAAAAGCCAAGAGCAGCGUUGUGACGGCACAGUACCAGCAGAGAGUACCCACUGCUUUGUACACCUGCAGCCAGUGCAGCAGCAGUGGCGGCAGCAGCACCACGAGUGCUGGUGGUGUGGGCAACAUCACUAAUGCCAACUCUGGCAGCAGCACUUCCAGCAUUGGUGGCAUGAGACCUGAUAUGAGCACGGGGAGCAGCUCCCAGCACAGCUCUGUCAUCGCUCACUCUGUCAGUACGUCGCCUUUGGCCUCCCAGUCCUCCUACAACUUGCUGAGCCCUCCUGACAGUUCCCGUGACCGGGCAGAUUAUAUCAACUCUGCCUUUACGGAGGAUGAAGCCCUUUCUCAGCACUGUCCAGUGGAAAAAUCGAUACGGCACGUACCUGUGGCCUUGACGGAGGCUGCCAUCGGUGUAAAACGGCCACCGCCGUACCAGUGGGAUCCUAUGGUGAGUGAAGAGAUAUGGGUUCCUCAGGAAAGGACAUCUCAGAGCUCCGUACCCAACCCUUUAAAACCAGCCCCUCUCAUCAUCGGUCAGACUCAGCACCUGGAUAUGUCUCGAAUGCCGUUUGUCUCCCCUAAGUCUCCAACGAGUCCCACUGCCACUUUCCAGACAAGUUAUGGGGUCGGAAUACCAUACCCAGGAAGCUACAGUACCCCUCCCCUUCAGGGAAUGCAGCCCCCAUGCUCCCCCAAAGAAGCUCUGGCCCCAACACAGUUUGCACAGCAGGAGCCCACAGUAGUGCUUCAACCAGGUUACCCACCCAACCUCUCCUAUUGCCCUUUGCCACCCAUGUAUCCGGGAAGUAGCGCCUGCUCUAGUUUACAGCUGCCACCGAUAGCCUUGCACCCAUGGAGCUCCUACAGCGCAUGCCCACCGGUGCAGAAUCCCCAGGGCACUCUGCCUCCAAAGCCUCUCCUCGUGGUGGAGAAGCCGGUUAUGUCUCCCCCGCCAACCGAGCUCCAGGGCCAUGUGGGUACAGAAGUGAUGGUGGAGACAGCGGACACCUUCCAGGAGGUGCUCUCCUUGACAGAAAGCCCUGUUCCUCAAAGGACAGACAAAUUCGGCAAGAAGAGCCGAAAGCGGCUGGAUAGUCGUGCUGAGGAAGGAAAUGUGCAGGCUAUCACUGAGGGCAAGGUCAAAAAGGAUUCGAGGACACUGACUGACUUCAAUUCGCUAAUAUCCAGCCCAAGGCUGGGCAGAGAGAAGAAGAAAGUCAAGAGCCAGAAAGACCAGCUCAAGUCCAAGAAGCUGAAUAAGACAAAUGAAUUUCAGGACAGUUCAGAGAGUGAGCCGGAGCUUUUUAUCAGUGGGGAUGAACUGAUGAACCAGAGUCAGGGCAGCAAAAAGGGUUGGAAAACCAAAAGGAAUUUGAGGACAGCCAGUGAGCUGGAUGAGUUCAAGUGCCGUAAGGCCAGCGAGAAGGAGGACGGGAGACUGGGGAGCCAGGGCUUUGUGUACGUGAUGGCCAACAAGCAGCCGCUGUGGAACGAGGCAACACAAGUCUAUCAGCUGGACUUUGGAGGGCGAGUAACCCAGGAGUCGGCAAAAAACUUCCAGAUUGAGCUGGAAGGACGGCAGGUGAUGCAGUUUGGAAGGAUUGAUGGCAAUGCUUACAUUUUGGACUUUCAGUAUCCAUUUUCUGCAGUGCAAGCCUUUGCUGUUGCUCUGGCUAAUGUGACUCAACGCCUCAAAUGAACAAGCAGAAACCUGGAGAGAGGAAAAUGUUGUCAAAACCUUCUCAUAGAGUCCAAACUGGAAAAUGUCGGGGCAGCCUACGUUAGGUGCACUGAGGUGCCUGGAAGCGAAGAAGGCCGUAAAACUGGAAAAGUCUCUUAGUGCCCAACUGAAGGGCAUUAACUCUAAUCAGUCAUGGGGUGGAGGGUGGGGGGCUUUCUUCUCUUUUGUUUGUUUGUUUGUUUUCAGGUGUUUUCUUUUUUUAAAGCAUUGUGCUUGGUUUCAGAAAGAGCAAAGGGUUGAGAGCCAUUCAGUGUUAUGUGGAGAAGUGUGGCUUUUGGCUUGUUGUGAUGGUUCUGCUGUGUUUGCUACAAUAGCUGAUGUAAGCUCAUAGAGGGAUUAAAAAAGACUGCUCUUUUUGAUAGACUGCCUUAUAUCAUGCUGUUCUUUUUAAAACAGGGAACAUAACUUUUUUUCUGGUCCAGUUUGUACUACUACUACAUCAAUGAUAGCAGCAAAAAAAAAAAAGAAA